AUGUCGCUCUACCCAAGUCUGGAAGAUAUGAAAAUCGACCAGAUGUGUCGGGCUCAACUGAGUGAAAUCAAAUCACAUUUCACUGUCCAAUCUACUGGAGCUCCUCCAGCUAGUCCAGCUUACCAGUAUCCUUCCUUUACUGACAUGCCAGUUCCAGUAAACAAUGGUCCCCUUUACCCAGCCCUAGGUGAAUUCAUGGGACUGGAAUUGAGCCAAGCAGUAAUUCGUGAGAACAUGCCAGAAUAUUCUCAAGUGGCUCUUCUCCAACAGAACGAAGUGUCCCUCCCUCGCACCAACACCGGCCUCAUCGCGCCGCUGUCCAGUCAGUCGGCCGGCCUGCAGAGGGCGCAGGUGACUCACGGACUGCGCGAGUUGCUCCUCUGCAAGGACAAGGACGGCAAAGUGGGCGUGCGCGUCAAGGCCAUCAACAACGGCGUGUUCGUGUGCGUGGUGGUGGACAAAUCGCCGGCUGCCAUGGCGGGACUGCGGUUCGGCGAUCAGAUUUUGCAGGUUAACGAGGUGAACGUCGCUGGAUACUCCAUGGAAAAGGUGCACGAAAUGUUCAAGAAAAGUCCGGUGAACGGCAUCAAGGUCGUCGUGCGCGACAGACCGUUCGAACGAACCAUCACCCUGCACAAGGAUAGUGUCGGCUGCAUCGGAUUCCAGUUCAAGAACGGCAAGAUCGUCAGCAUCGUGAAGGAUUCUUCAGGGGCGAGGAAUGGCGUGUUGACCGACCAUCAGCUGUUGGAGGUGGACGGCCAAAAUGUCGUCGGGUUGAAGGACAAACAUAUCAGCGGCAUCAUUGAGAAUGCCCCCCAGGUGGUCACUAUUACUGUUAUACCCAGUUUCCUUUACGAGCAUAUGGUGAAGAAAAUGGCUGGUUCGCUGCUGAAAAAUCUCAUGGAUCAUACUAUCCCUACAUUGUAAGCCCCUUUUAUAUUUUGACAAUUAUUUCAUUUACAAUAUCCACGCUUAGUUGA